CUUACAUAUUGGGGACUGCUUUCUAAAUCAACAAAUAUGAAGGAAUUCAUCUGUAUAAACAUCUUUGAUGAUUACGUAGUCAUUGUAUGUGGAUAGAUGGUAUAUUAUCUAACCAGCCAUCUGUUUGGAUAUGAAAGUAUUUAAGAAGCUUGUGGAAUGAUAUGAUUCAGAGUAAUAUUCGAUCUACAAGAAGUCCCUCAAGAUAGUUGGAAAAGAAGAAUUUCUAGACUCUUCAUCAAGAUCUUCAUUUACACAGUGGUUAAAUCCAAGGCUCCUGUGGUAAAAUCAUGAAUAAAAAUACACCUGCUGUGGUAUCAUCCAGUCUACUUGAAAAGGAUCCUGCCUUUCAGAUGAUCACAGUUACCAAGGAAACGGGCCUUGGUCUGAAGAUCCUUGGAGGAAUUAACCGGAAUGAAGGCCCCUUGGUAUAUAUUCAGGAAAUUAUUCCUGGAGGAGACUGUUACAAGGAUGGACGUUUGAAGCCAGGAGAUCAACUUGUCUCAAUAAACAGGGAAUCUAUGAUUGGUGUAUCCUUUGAAGAAGCGAAAAGCAUAAUUACUAGAGCCAAGUUAAGGUCAGAAUCUGCUUGGGAGAUAGCCUUCAUAAGACAAAAAUCGGAUGGCAGUCAUCUAGAAAAUCCAUCUUGUACAUCCCUUUUACAAGCUUCAGGAGAAUAUGGACCACAAACCUCAACAUUUAGCCUUCUUCCUUCUCCCCCUGAAAUACUAAUUCCAAAGACCUCAUCUACUCCCCAAACUACAGAUACCAUUUUAUCUUCUUUUAGGAGAAAUCAGAUAAAAACUGGAUACAAGAAAACACAACAGACUCCAAUUACUUCUUCAGAAAACAGCGCUACGGAUAUGUCUAAUACAGAUAUUGCCCCUGCCUGGACUGAUAAUUAUGGACUACAAGGAAAGAAGAUUUCCCUAAAUCCUUCUGUUCGCCUUAAGGCAGAGAAACUGGAAAUGGCUCUAGAUUAUCUUGGUAUUCAGCCCACAAAGGAACAACACCAAGCCCUGAGACAGCAAGUGCAAGCAGACCCAAAGGGGACAGUGUCUUUUGGAGAUUUUGUCCAGGUUGCCAGAAACUUGUUUUCCUUGCAGUUGGAUGAAGUAAAUGUUGGUGAAUGCGAAAUUUCCAACAUACUAGAUUCACAGCUUCUUCCCUGUGAUUCCUUAGAGGCAGAUGAAAUGGAAAGGCUUAAGCGUGAAAGAAAUGAUGCCUUGGAGGAAGUGAAUACACUCAAGGAAAAACUAUUUGAAUCAGAAAGGCAAAAGAAACAGUUGACAGAAGAACUCCAGAAUGUGAAACAAGAAGCCAAAGCUGUUGUUGAAGAAACCAGAGCCCUGCGAAGUCGGAUUCACCUUGCCGAAGCCGCACAGCGACAGGCACACGGAAUGGAAAUGGACUAUGAAGAAGUGAUCCAUCUGUUAGAGGCCGAGAUCACAGAUCUAAAGGCUCAGCUUGCUGAUUAUUCGGACCAAAAUAAAGAAAGUGUUCAGGAGUUAAGAAAGAGAAUCACAGUGCUCGACUGCCAAUUGCGAAAAUCGGAAAUGGCUCGAAAAACUUUUGAGGCAUCCACUGAAAAGCUUCUUCAUUUUGUAGAGACUAUUCAAGAAUUACUUUCUGAUAAUUCUUAUCCUUUAUCAAAUUUAAGUGAAAGAAGAGCUUUGUUAGCUUCUCAGACUUCCCUCACACCCCUGGGAAGGAACGGACGUAACAUCGCAGCAACACUGGCACUUGAAUCUAAGGAACUUGUUAAAUCUGUUCGGGCCAUACUUGAUAUGGAUUGUCUACCUUAUGGGUGGGAGGAAGCUUACACAGCAGAUGGAAUCAAGUACUUCAUCAAUCACGUAACACAGACGACAUCCUGGAUCCAUCCCGUGAUGAAUGCACUGAACCUGUCUUGCUCAGAGGAAAAUGAAGAGGACUGUUCCAGAGAACUUCCUGAUCGAAGAGUUGAUGGUCUUCUGUAGGAAGCAGAGCUCCAAGGUCUCUAACUUCUCAAUCUACAUGGAUGACUCCAACAUGCAAUGGUCUAAAAUAGGAGUAGUAAAGCACACACUACUUAUUGAAGUUCUAAAAUGGAGACUCUGGGUUUAGUCUACUUUUGUAAGACUUUUUUUUUUUGGACUGUGAUGAGCAUUUUUUUUAUUUAAUUGAAGUGUAAUUCACAUAUAGUGUUCUAUCAGUUUCAAGUGUACAGUAUAGUGAUUCAGUAAUUCUGUGCGUUACUCCGUGCUCAUCAUGAUAACUGUACUCUUUAAUCCCUUUUAUUUCAUCCAUUCUCCUACCCGCCUCCCCCCAGCAACUACCAUCUUGUUCUCUGUAUUUAAGAGUCUGCUUUUUUGUUUGUCUCUUUUUUUCUUUGUUUGUUUGGUUUGUUUCUUAAAUUCUACAUAUGAGUGAGAGCAUAUGGUAUGGUAAAACUUUUUGAUAUAAGUGUGUACACUUAUAAGAUCAGUUGCCACUACAGUAGUCCUUUAAGAAUAAUCUAGUUGUAUUUUUUGAAAUCAUAUAUAGAUUUUAUCAUAUGUAUAAUUUUUCAUAUACAACUUGAUUUGUAAUUUUAUAUAUAGUUCUUUAUAGAGUAUCCGAUACAACAGGUUUUCUUAAUUAAGACUUACCGGAAAAUUAUGUGAACACAGUGAAGCACUUCAUUUAUUUGAUGUGACUAACCUUUUAUAUUAGUAUCUUGGGAAAGUGUUCUGAGCAAGCUUUUGGGGGUUUCUUAAGGAUCACAUUUGGACAACUAUCUCAUUGGCUACUGAAUGCAGUUUACGUAUUUGUGGGGCUCUCCAACUUACGAAAUGCUCUUCAGACCCUGUUUUGUUCAACAUGCCCAUAAGGCAGAUCCAGUGGGUAUUUUUAUUCUUGUUUUUCAUUUAGGGAAAUAGUGGUUCAGAGAAAUGAAGCACCUUGUCCUGGAGCUGAGAUUCACACCUGAGUCUUCUGAUUCCACGUCGAACCCCUUUUCUGCUGCACCCCGCUGUCCCUGCAGAGGGAGGUCACAGCCCAACACGCAGGCCACAGUGACUCUGUUGAUACAGCUGAGCUCCACAGCUGUGCACUCCAGUGGCCACAGAGAUUCAAGAGGUACCUCUUCAGUUGGAUGUUGCCCCCACAUAACCCCACUAUUCUCCUAUAAACCCUUCCACCUCCCAUACCCCCAAAUAUUCACCAAGUCAGGGUGCAGCUCUGUGAUGCCCUUUCAACAGGCUUCUUUCAGCAGCUCACAUUUUUCUAAAGUAAAGGGACUGGUUUACAUCAGGGGUCUGCCCUGCCAGAGGGAACAUUUGCAGGGAGUUAAUGAGAAGUGGGGCACCCGGAAUCUCCUCUGCUAUCUGGACACAUCCACGAACUCUCCUGCUGUGAGUUCAAGACUGACCUCAUGACUGCUGAUGUCACCUCCCAAACUGAUUACACUUUCCAUCUUCUGUUAUUUUGUUGUAAGGAUGCCACAAGACAGCUCCUGGAAGGACUGAGCCAUUGACUUGGAGUGCUAAAGAUUUUCUUUUUAGUGAUUUAAACCUGGGGCUAGGAAUUGGGGCAGAGUGAGGACAAAGUCAUUUUAAAUGUCCCGGGUGUUAGGUACCAACUGAAUGAUAAAAAGGGAUUUGUUCAUAUCCAAUGUCCUGAUACCAUUAGGUAAUAUACUUAGGAAGAAAGUGAGUAAGAAUCAUUAAGUGAUCAGAAUACCCUGUUCUUAACCAUGCCUGGUAAGACUGAGAAAUUACUGUUUGUCACAGUGGCCUCUUCUUCCCAACCCCUUCCUCCUCAUUCCCUCUCCACCUCUGAAAUACAAACAGGAAAAAGGAACCCAGCCUUGGGGAUCAUGUGAUUUGGAGAUUUUUUUUUUUUUUUCCAAACAUCUUUUGGUGAAAAAGACUCAUUUUUCAAAUGGGCUUUCAAGCAGAAUCCCAAGAUAUGUAACAGGUUUUUUUUUUUGUUUGUUUUGUUUUUUAAUAUUGUUACUCUGCUUGAAAUGAGAGUAGCCUGUAGCCCAAUUAAAGCAGCCCCCAGCAUGGCUGUGCAAACCUACAGAUCCUUAGAAGAUAGCAUAAGAUUCCUCAAUUGUAGCCAUUGUAUAGAUAAGUAAAUUGAGAUCCUAAGAGUUCACACAGUGAGUCAGUGGCCAGGUCAAGACAGGACCUAGAUCCUAAAGCCUCCUACUCUACUAAAUUUCAUACGGCGCGUAAUAUAGAUAGAUGUAUGUUGUAAAUAUAGGUCUACGUUGUGAAUAUAUAUAGGAUUUAUAAUUUACGUCUUGAAUAAUAACAUAAAGUCAAAUCCAGGUGGAUAGGUAGUCAUUAGCCCCAAGAAAAGUUUCAGAAUGGCUGAAGAAGGCUCAUGCUUCUCCUGACAGCUGUGUGAAUAUGAGCAAGCUUCAGGGAGACAAGUUUUGAGAGAAGCCCUCGAGGGAGCUCUUUCCUUGUGUCCCCCAGAGGUGAGUGAGAUUCUCAAACACCUGAAGUUACUUUUAUAAGUUAGUGUCUAUAAUUGUCAAAGUACAGACUUUUUGUUGCUAAAUUAAUGGUAUGAAAUUUCCCUCCCCCUACUGGGAGUGUUUUUUCUAAUUUGUUCCCAAGUGAAGAAAACACAGAGGAGUCACUUGAGAUCAAGGUCCUCAGGCAUGCAUUUUACCGACAGACACCUUAUAUGUUAACUUUGCUGGUUUGUGCCACUUUCUUCCUUGCUUCCUCAUGGAAUACCUCAUGGUAAAGGUCUUUGGAAAUUGUAAGGAUAUUAUUUGUUGAGCAUUUUGUACUACACAUUGUGAUGGGUAGUUUGCAUAGAUUAUUUCGUUAUCUUCUAAAACAACCCUGUGAGGAAGAAACUAUAAUCCCCAUUUUGUAAAGAAGAGAUUGAAGGUUAGAGAGAGUUGCCAGUCUUUGCCUAGGGGGUCACACAACACCUACAUGUGGAAGCCAGGGUCCAAGGCAGAUCUGGCACAGCCACUCUCUUAAACCACUCUGCAGAGCUGUUUAGAUCCAUUGUAUGUGACACUGGGGGUAGAGGUAGGGUCUGUGAGUCAGUUUUUCAAAGGAGCAGAUUCCAGUUCAGUGCAACAAGGAACUGUCUGAUAGUUGGGGCUCAUCAGGAAAGAAUUACCCUGUGGGAAGUAAAGGACUGACCCAGGAAGUGUUCAAUCUGAGCUCCUUAUUAUGGGAAUGGUACUGAGGACGUUCAGGGUCUGAAUCGGCUGGACUGUUGAGCUCCGUCUGAGAUUCCUUCCUCUUUAUGACCUCCAAGCCAACAGAUAAAUGCCCAAGAGACAAAGAAACAUCAGUGGAGACUCAUUAAGAAUCCUUAUCCAAUGCAAAUAGAACGAUCAGACUGUUUUUUAGUGAGUUGAUGUUUAUACAACCAGUUUUUCAUUAAUAUAAAUCAACCCUAUUAAUGUGAUAAACUUCUCUGUUGACCCACUGGCUCAGGUUUUAGGGUUAGAAAACCUUGAUGUUCUUACAUCCUUCCAUCUCACUUCAUGAAAGAGUGACCAGGGUCGGUCAUCCUUACUCCUUUAUUCUGAGAGUACUUAGAGAGCAUCAAUGGUGUGCCAAACACAGUGUGAGGCACCAAGGCAGAGUAGGGCAAAAUAACCAUUUCCUGGGUCCUCUUACUCUUGGUUAAAAAUUAAAAGCUUCUCAGGUGGCCAGAGUGCAACAGCUUGUUUUUAACUUUUGAAUUUUAAAAGUAAUCUAGUUCCAUUGAAAAAUCAAGUAGUAGGGAAUUGUAUAAAGUAAACAACAACAACAACAAAACUCAUCUCGCUUUCCAGAAGUAGCCAUCACGAAUACUUUGAUGAGUAUUUUUACUCAAAGUUAAUCAUACUGUUAAGCAGCUUGCUUUUGACGUAAUUUAUUGUGGUCAUUUUUUUUUUCAUGUCGAUGCAUAGAUUGUUCCAUUUCAAAUGUCUGCAUAAAAUAUCACUACCCAGAUAACUCAUAAUUUCUGCAGCCGUCAGUCUAUUUGAUGAACACUUAAGCUGUUCUGAGUUGUCUUCUGUUACAAUGUCACAGUGAACAUCCUUACAGUCACUAAAUCCUUUUCUUCAUAUAUGCAUGCACUCUUAUGCCAAUAGGACUAUAAUGGGAAUACAUUCAUAAAAGUAAAUUGCUAUAUCAAAGGUUUGUUCAUUUUAAUUUUGGUAAAUAUUCAUAAAUUCUCCUGCAUUAAAAUAGAACCAAUUUACACCACCACCAAUAGUAUAUGAGAGUUUAUUUUCUAUAUAUGAUGGGACUUAUUUUAGUGCAAAGAUUGCCAGUAACUUUUCUGGUUGUUUUUGUCCUUAGAAGAGUAAUCCGCUUUUUCCUGUUAUCUAAGGACCUGAAUUUUUUUCAUCAUUAGAUUUUAGUUGUCCCUUAGCAGCAGAGAAUGCCUCGCUGUAUAUAGAGGAGUCUGGCAGUGACUAAUUCACUGUCGAACACAUCAUUACUCUCAUCUUUUUACUGACAUUUCCUACUUGUCUAUAAUGAUGGUGCAGACCCACUUUUAAAUGAGCUAACUUGGGGGUUGCCUGGGUGUCUCAGUCGGUUAAGCGCCGGACUUCAGCUCAGGUCAUGAUGUCGCGGUUCGUGGGUUUGAGCCCCACAUUAGGUCUGUGCUGACAGCUCAGAGCCUGGAGCCUGCUUCAGAUUCUGUGUCUCCCUCUCUCUCUGACCCUCUCCUGCUCAUGCUCUCUUUCUCUGUCUCAAAAAUAAAUAAACAUUAACAAAAUUUUUUUAAUGUGCUAACUUGGGUGAGAGCCCUUAGCAAAGUGUGAAACCCAAUGUAAACACACCUACAAGUUCUUUGAGCCUCAGUUUCUCCAUCUGUAUAAGGAAGAGGGUAAUCUCCUGACUCUUGUCAAACCAAUUCAAUCAGCGACCAUUUUCCCAGUACCUGCCAAAUGCCAGACAAAUGCAAGGUCUUGAAGUUUCCACACUAAAUAGUUCUGAUUCCCUAACCAAGAAACUCAUAAUCUAACACCUUUUUCCUUUCUUUCCUUUUUCCUCAAAAACCUUUUAUUUUUCCUUAAAGGAGUAAGAAGUCAGGGGUUUGUUUAGUAAGAAUCCCUGAAGAGAGGCCCUUUAUCACUCUCUCAAAUUUGAAUAACUACAAAAUAAUAUUAACACCCCUUGACUAGAAAUGAAAGGGAAACAUACUGUGAGAAGGGGCUCUCCAAUAAUAAAUGCUGAGCAGCUGUAAAAAUACAGAGUCAAGUGAUACCUUCAUCAAGUGUUUGCAAAAUUAGAAAAUAUUAUCCCUUUUCUGGGGGUAAAGGGACAUUUUUAUUUUCUCUGCUAAAGUGAGCCACACCUUUUUCAAGUGCUAACAAACUUGAAUUGUACAAUCUACAGAAGAGAAAGAACUGAACUAACAUUAAAACAACUUAUAUACUCUAUUGCAUGUAAUUUUUGUAAUUUUUGAACUAACAUUAAAACAACUUAUAUACUCUAUUGCAUGUAAAAACUUGAAUUUUACAAUCUACGGAAGAGAAAGAACUGAGCUAACAUUAAAACAACGUGUAUACUGGGGCACCUGGGUGGCGCAGUCGGUUAAGUGUCCGACUUCAGCCAGGUCACGAUCUCGCGGUCCGUGAGUUCGAGCCCCGCGUCGGGCUCUGGGCUGAUGGCU